UUGGCUCUGGGGGCUCAGGUUUGGGUUUGGGGCUCUGGCUGACUCUGGGGGCUCGGGGUUGGGUUGGGUUUGGGGCUCAGGUUUGGGUUUGGGGGCUCAGGUUCGGCUCAGGUUCGGCUCUGGGGCUCAGGUUUGGCUCUGGCUGCCUCUGGGGCUCAGGUUUGGCUCUGGCUGCCUCUGGGGCUCAGGUCUGGCUCUGGGGCUCAGGUCUGGCUCAGGUCUGGCUCAGGUCUGGCUCAGGUCUGGCUCAGGUCUGGCUCAGCUCUGGGGCUCAGGUCUGGCUCAGGUCUGGCCCAGGUCUGGCUCAGGUCUGGCUCUGGGGCUCAGCACCGUGCCCGUGGCCCAGAUGACGACGCUGACGCACCGGGGCCGGCGGGCCGAGGGCCGCGGCGCCGACAGGAGGCCGGAGGAGGAGGAGGAGGAGGCCGGGGAGCCCGGCCAGGAGCAGCCCGAGGACUCCAAGGACAUGCGGCUCACCCUGAUGGAGGAGGUGCUGCUCCUGGGGCUGAAGGACAAGGAGGGCUACACGUCCUUCUGGAACGACUGCAUCUCGGCGGGGCUGCGCGGGGCCGCGCUCGUCGAGCUGGCGCUGCGCGGGCGCAUCCGCCUGGAGCCGCGCGCCGCGCGCCGCAGGAGCCUGCUGGACAGGAAGGUGCUGCUGAAGUCGGACGCUCCCACCGGGGACGUGCUCCUGGACGAGACCCUGCGGCACAUCAAGGCCACCGAGCCCGCGGAGACGGUGCAGACCUGGAUCGAGCUGCUCACGGGAGAGACCUGGAACCCCUUCAAGCUGCAGUACCAGCUGCGCAACGUGCGGGAGCGCCUGGCCAAGGCUCUGGUGGAGAAGGGCAUCCUGACCACGGAGAAGCAGAACUUCCUCCUCUUCGACAUGACCACCCACCCGGUCAGCAACGCCAACGAGAAGCAGCGGCUGCUGAAGAAGCUCCAGGAGAGCGUCCUGGAGCGUUGGGUCAACGAGCCCCAGCGCAUGGAGCGCAGGACCCUGGCCCUGCUGGUGCUGGCCCACGCCUCCGACGUGCUGGAGAAUGUUUUUGGCAGCCUGGCCGACGACAAGUACGACGUGGCCAUGAACAGGACCAAGGACCUGCUGGACAUGGACCCUGAGGUGGAAGCUGCCAAAGGCAAGGGCACCGAGAUGAUCUGGGCCGUGCUGGCGGCCUUCAAUAAGUCCUAA